AUGGCCCAAUCAGCAUGCUCCAAACCCUCCCCUGCGCAGACUCUGUCAAUCAUACUCGACCUUCUAACCUCGAAGCUGAUCGGAUUUUGUACUGCUCGGGAUCUGUCCACUACCCCUGGUAUAGGUCCUGUCGAUCCGGUCUUCGAUGACCCUCACCGUCCCUCCCCUUUCGAGGUGGCCGCACCGUGCACCUCCAUACGCACCAUUUGGAUCGGACAUGCAUCGACCUACACUCUCUUCCCUACUUCCGAUCCCCUCAGAUCUUUCGGUGUGCUGACCGACCCCAUCUUUUCCAAGAGCUGUUCGCCUGUAGGAUGGCCGAGACGGAGGGUCGCUGUCCCGUUCGGGGUCGAGGGGCUCGGACCUGUCGACGCGGUCAUCAUCAGUCAUAAUCAUUACGAUCAUCUCGACAAGCCCAGUAUACGAGCUAUUGAGGCUCUCGGCAGAGAUACGAAGUUCUUUGUACCCCUCGGUACUGGUCGCUGGUUCGUCAAGCUCGGAAUACCCCUCCGCCGCAUCUUUGAGCUGGACUGGUGGGAAAUCGCUAGCAAGCCACAGGAACUACGAAUGGACGAUCUGCCCGCCCUAAAGGCGGUGUUCAAGAUCACAUGUACGCCCGCACAGCAUCCCACAGGUCGAAGCUUCCUGUUCUUCGAUAAGAAUGCGACGAAAUCGGCGACCUGGGUGGUGGAACAGAGCCCGUGUCGAGGGGUUUCCGGUGGUUUCCCCCAGCGAGAGGGGGCGAGAAUGUUCUUUGGAGGUGACACAGGUUUCCGAUCGUCGGAUGUGAGCCCUGUAGCUGAAUUUGUGCAAGGUGAGUGGCAUCGUCCAUUAUUGCCGGAGAUGCUGAUAGCUUAA